CACAACAUGUAUUGACGUGAAAGGCGACAAGGUAUGAGUCGCCAUUUCUAUAGAAACUGUCGAAAAUAACUGGGGUCACGUGAUAUGUAAUUUGGAAAAGGACAGCCAGAGGCGAUGAACAACUUUCGAGAUGUGGAAAUUAUGACAGUUAGCAAGGACAAUAAAUUGGUUUACUUCUAGUGCAAUCAUCAGACAAGUAAGAAUGGAGGCUUGACUGCAGCCAUUGAAAAGUGGUGAUGGAAGGCACUGAUAGAGGGCAUAAUAAAAUUAUAACCUCGUUGUCAGCCAUGUCCUGAUGCCACAGGCCUGUGUUGGCCUGGCUUUGUUGACUUAACUGCUGGCAAGAGGACAACUGUACAAAAUUUACAUGUAUAGCAGUUCCAUUACUUCACCAAGGCCGUCUGACCACAGUUAUGUAAAGAUGCCUGGCAUAACAGGUACUUCAGCAUCUAGGUUACCAUCCUAUAAAAUGACUUAUAACAGUUAUCGUAACACUAACACCACCACCAGUGCAUUGAAAACUCCGCCCAUGCAAAGGACGACCUAUGGUGCCACUAGCUCAAACUACAGUCCACUGUCACGAGUUCGACCUCUGCCCUCUGGACCAGGACCUUUGGCACCGGAUGGGCGAAAUAAACUUCCUUCAGAUUUCACAGUGAAGUCCAGAAUACGUGCUCCAUCUCUAACUCGUAAUGGUCCUGUAAGAGUUGACUGUAAUAGUGAUUGCACAAGGUCUUAUUUAAAUUACCAGAGUGCAUCACAAAAAGGGUCAUCCUCGAGUAAUUUUUCCCAAAGCAGUUUACAUGGACGAAGAUCAGGCAGUUUGUUAAAUCUGUCUUCAUUGAACUCGGACUACGAUCGGAAUGAUCGCUUUGAUCACCUUAACAACAACUCCACAACAGCCAAAGCUACUUAUGACUAUGGCUCUCACUCACGAUCAUCAAGCCGGUCAAGAAUUUAUGCUGAUUACAGUGACACAGAUACCAGUACUAAACCUUAUGGUUCUAACAGAUAUGGAGUGCAACGACGGAGUAGUAUUGCUACCAAGGAUGAAUAUACUCGGGGUAGUACUUUUGAGAGAUCACCAGAACCAAGGGUUACAGUUACUGCAACGUAUAAGUCAGAUUAUCCUUCUUCUGUGCGGAGAAGUUCAGUGAGAGAAAAUGGUAUUGUCCCUACAAACCGCAGGUUUCACGAGAAAGAUGACGGAAGUUACACAGAACAGAACUUGAACAAUAACCUGAGUCAGCUAUCACUUUCCAAUCGACAUACCAGGGGUAAAAUAGGGUUGCGUAACCUGGGCAACACGUGUUUUAUGAACUCCAUACUGCAGAGUUUAAGUAAUACUAAGCCCCUUUUGGAGUACUGCUUGAAUGAUGAGUUCCGUUCAGAACUGACCUCCAGUAGCAGUAAUGUUAAAGGAGCUCUUUUCAUUGGUUAUGCUGGCCUGAUGAAGUCCUUGUGGAAUGAAGGCAGUGACAGCUAUGUCUCCCCAAAUAACUUUAAAACCCAGAUACAACGAUUUGCACCUCGGUUUAUGGGAUACCAACAGCAGGAUGCUCAGGAGUUUCUGAGGUAUGUGUUAGAAGGCCUCCAUGAGGAUGUGAACCGUGUGACCACAAAACAGAAACACACUGUACCAGAUGAGGAGGAAGAGGACAGACUGAGUGACUCUGAAAAAGCCAAGGAAUAUUGGAGACGUUACCUAACAGUUGACAACAGUAAAAUUGUGGACAUAUUCGUAGGCCAGCUAAAGAGUGAACUGAAGUUUGAUGCCUGUGGACAUAAAUCCGUCACCUUUGAUCCAUUCUGGGAUUUGUCUGUACCAAUACCUAAGGGGAAAUCAUGUGUGACGCUUCAGGACUGUAUAAGCCUGUUCAUGAAAGAGGAGGAACUGGAUGACGAGGAGAGACCAAGUUGUUCAAAGUGCAAAGAAAGGAGAUCAUGCAAGAAAGCUUUCUCAAUCCAGAAGUUUCCUAAAAUCUUGGUUCUUCAUCUCAAACGUUUCUCUCAAGAAAUGUAUCGGCGUAAACUGACAGGACUGGUGGAGUUUCCUGUUACGGGACUGGAUUUAACUGCAUUUUCAGCUGAGACGGGUGGGCCAAAGAUCCUGUACAACCUGUACGCUGUGUGUAACCAUUCUGGAGGGACCCAUUCUGGCCAUUACACCGCUCACUGUAAACACCCGUAUGCUGAUGAGUGGAACUACUUCAAUGAUAGCAGAGUAACGCUUUCCAAUGGUCAGAAUGCAGUAUCAGCAGAGGCCUAUGUCUUGUUCUAUGAACUGUCCAGCCAAAGUGCCAGACUGUGAAUUCUUCUAACCCUGCUGGUUGGCUCGUCCUGUUGGUUCUUUCAUUCUCCUUUUGAAUGAGCAAUGUGGGUUGUCAAUACCACAGUUGAAUGAUCUGGCUGAGGUUUUUAUCCUUCCUAUUCUUUUCAAUCCUGCCAGAGUUCUGCAAGAUUGUCUAAUCCUGCAAAUCCUUCUGACUAUGUCAUCCUGUGGAUCCUGCUGGCUGGCCCGAACACUUUUCUGCCAUUUACUUAGUGCAUAUUACUAGUCCGUGACUGGCUAAUUUACAUAAUAGCUGACCUCUUGCCUUAUCUUUGAAGCUGUAAUUAUUUACUGUAUGUGUUGUUGUACUCGCAGAGAUAACUAUUUUAAUGUGGGUAUAUGACAAACUCAGACUGAAAUUAACAGAUAACUUGACAUUGUUUAAAAAUUUGUCAGAAUAAUUCAGAUUUCAGUUUUAAAAUUAAGAGGUACACUUAAGAAAAACUAUGCAGACAUUAAAAAAAGGAGGUCUCCUUAUUCUAUUGCGUACAUAUAUUAUUAUGAAAUAUGUGAAUAUUUAUGAUCGAUGAAGUUUUUCAGAUUUUUGAUGGAGUUUUAUCCCCCAAGGUAUUUGAAAAGUGCAUGUGUUUACAUUCAGGUGAACAUUAUUGGUUGUGUGUUGGUAUUGAUUUGUAGAUGUUUGAUGUUUUUGGCCCGGUUUAUGUAUUAGAAUUUUAAGUUGCACAUUUAAUAUUUUGACUGGUCUCAUUUGUAUAGAACUGAUUGAAAUAGAAUCUGUGUUCAAGUCUGUGUUGUGAUACCACACCUAAACAAACUUUUUUUGUAAUUUUACAACAUAAGGUAUUAGAAAAUAUUGUUGGAUAUGGGAAAGUUGUUCACCUACAUUUGUAACAUGUAUUAUUGCUGAACUUCUUCUCCGUCGUGUCAUUCCCUCACACCCCACCCAAACCAUCCACCGAAUCAUUCUUGAAUGUGUUAGUUUUGACUUUACCAUCUACCUUAAUAUUAUGCAUUACACAUAUUUAUGAUUAAUAAUUAUUACUUUAUCACUAUGGGCAGAUUUAAGACUUUAUGAAGACAAUCAUAGCACAUGUAUUUGAAAAGAAGGUACACAGAAGGCUUGAAGUGUGCAUCAUUGCUAUUUGACGAAGGGAUUUUUUUUUUCUUUUUAGUUUUAAGGAUAGUUUUAUUGUGUUGAUUAGUUCAUAGUUAUAUCUUAUGAAAAAGACAGACAUUAUUUUCAGUGUUUUUUCUGUUAUUUUAUCUAUACUGGAUACAAUACUAUCUAGUGGAAAAAUAAAAAAAAACAAAAGCAGACCUGAUGAAUAUUCUCCUAUAAACAUUUACUCUAAAACUUAUACAUAAGCACUGGUGGUAACAACAUUUGUAUUUCACAGCUGACAUUGUUACAAAUGAGUGUAAGUUUACACAGCAUGUGACCCUCAACCUUGUUAAUAUUCAUUGUUUUUAAUACAUACAGCAUAGGUCUGUAUUUUUUACAUUGUCAUGUCCAGUGGUGGGCUCUCAAGGAUUGUUCUAUAGUUGUUAUAAACACAUUUUGUGUUUUUGUUUAUGUGAUAAUAAUUUUAUAACUAGGCCAGUUAUUUUUAGAAAGUUGGUUGAAUGAUAAAUGUAGUCUCUGUUUGAUAAACCUUAGUCAAAAAGAUGAGGAUUACAUGAGUUUGACUUGUUUUAAUAAAAAAUGUUGAAAACUUA